CUUAUUCGCCACUUCUUCUGAACCUCAUGUCUCAUUGGUUAAAUACCGCACCCCUCACUUUACCGGAGUUGCAUCACACAAACCAUGCACAUUUCAUUGAGUCGUUCGUAUCUUCGUAUAUAGCAGAUUAAGUCUACAGCGAUCUUCUGCAUUCGGCGUGUGACAUUUUCGUCUCGCGUGUGCGCAGUGCGCGUGUGUAAUACCGUGUAUAUAUAUAAAGCGUUGCGUUGUUCGCUCUCUCGCCGGGAUUGCAACUUUCCAAGGUGUUGUUUUAAACAAUUGUACAGCUAUUGUUUGAUAAGUAUUUUGCUACGAAAAGAAAUAAAGAACAGAGUCGAAACGAGCCGAUCAACAUGCUUGCAGCAGCGAGGAUCCUGAGCCGCGGAGCUGGUACUGGCUGCGAGGUUGCCCGCAGACACCAGCAGUUCACCACAAUCAUUAAAAAUGCUGCUGCGCCCACAGUUGCUUACCCACAUCGUAAUGACUUCCAACAGUACAGGUUCAAAUCCGAGGGGGUCAAGGGAGCAGUUGUUGGUAUUGAUCUUGGAACGACGUUUUCAUGUGUUGCUGUCAUGGAAGGAAAGCAGCCAAAAGUUAUUGAAAAUGCCGAGGGUUCCAGAACAACACCAUCCUACGUUGCCUUCACGAAAGAUGGAGAACGGCUUGUCGGCAUGCCAGCAAAACGACAGGCAGUCACUAACUCGGCAAACACGUUUUAUGCUACCAAACGUCUCAUUGGCAGAAAGUUUGAAGAUCCUGAAGUUAAGAAAGACAUGAAGACAGUGUCCUACAAAAUCGUCAAAGCAUCUAACGGUGAUGCGUGGAUCCAGAGCACAGACGGCAAGAUGUACUCACCCAGUCAGAUUGGUGCUUUUGUUUUGAUGAAGAUGAAGGAGACCGCCGAAAGUUACCUCAAUACGCCAGUGAAAAAUGCCGUUAUCACUGUGCCCGCCUACUUUAACGAUUCCCAAAGACAAGCUACAAAAGACGCUGGACAAAUCUCCGGUCUGAACGUGCUUCGAGUCAUCAACGAACCUACUGCGGCUGCACUUGCCUACGGCAUGGACAAAACUGAAGACAAAAUCAUCGCUGUAUACGAUUUAGGUGGUGGAACCUUUGAUAUUUCCAUUCUUGAAAUUCAAAAGGGAGUGUUUGAGGUAAAGUCCACCAAUGGAGACACUUUCUUGGGUGGUGAAGAUUUCGAUAACUCGCUUGUCAAUUACCUCGCCAGUGAAUUCAAGAAGGAGCAAGGUAUCGAUGUAACCAAAGAUGCCAUGGCAAUGCAACGUCUGAAGGAAGCCGCUGAAAAGGCAAAGAUUGAACUGUCCAGUUCCCAGCAAACAGACAUUAAUCUGCCCUAUCUCACAAUGGACGCCAGUGGUCCCAAGCACUUGAACCUCAAACUUUCGCGCAGCAAAUUCGAGUCCCUCGUUGGCGACCUUAUUAAGCGCACAAUUCAGCCCUGCCAGAAGGCUCUCGGCGAUGCCGAGGUGUCCAAGUCCGAGAUUGGCGACGUCCUUUUGGUUGGUGGUAUGACCCGUAUGCCCAAGGUGCAACAGACGGUACAGGAGAUCUUUGGUAGACAGCCAUCCAGAGCCGUCAACCCUGACGAAGCUGUUGCAGUUGGUGCUGCUAUUCAGGGUGGAGUUUUGGCUGGCGACGUUACCGAUGUGUUGCUGCUUGAUGUCACUCCACUUUCCUUGGGAAUUGAAACUCUCGGUGGUGUCUUCACGAGGUUGAUCACACGAAACACAACCAUUCCCACAAAAAAGAGUCAGGUAUUUUCUACAGCUGCUGAUGGUCAGACUCAGGUGGAAAUUAAGGUGCACCAGGGUGAGCGUGAAAUGGCCUCAGACAAUAAGCUUUUGGGACAGUUCACACUCGUUGGUAUCCCACCUGCGCCGCGUGGUGUUCCACAGAUAGAAGUUACAUUCGACAUAGAUGCCAACGGUAUUGUACACGUGUCUGCCCGGGACAAGGGCACUGGAAAAGAACAACAAAUUGUCAUUCAAUCCAGUGGUGGUUUGAGCAAAGAUGAAAUUGAAAACAUGGUCAAGAAUGCCGAACAGUAUGCUAAGGAAGACAGAAUCAAGAAGGAACGUGUUGAGGCCGUCAACCAGGCCGAGGGUAUUGUUCACGACACUGAAGCCAAGAUGGAAGAGUUCAAAUCGCAGCUGCCUCAAGAAGAGUGCGACAAAUUGAGAGAACUUGUUGCAAAGAUGAAGGAAACCUUGGCCAAGAAAGACGAUAUGGACCCCGAAGAAAUUAAAAAACAAACGAACGAACUUCAACAAGCAAGCUUGAAACUCUUUGAGAUGGCGUACAAGAAGAUGGCUUCUGAACGUGAAGGAAACCAGCAACAGCAACAAUCGCAAGAACAGCCCGAGGGUGAGAAAAAAGAAGAGAAGAACUAAAAUGGUUUAAUUUUUUCUUAGAUUUUUUUUCAAGUAAUGGACAUCGAUCUUUUACAAAGAGCUGGUACGAUAUCACCAUCGUGACAUUAUUCUGUAAUGGAAACUUUAUUAUCGGUGAAUUUGAUAUUCCAUAAUUAAUUGUCGAGUUAACUAUAGUUUCAAUUCGGAAACACGCAUAGUAUGGAUAUCUACGUUACGACAGUCGACGAGCAAUUACAAUUUUACAGUGAUUUUUUCAAUAGAAAAAAAAUCGACCAGCAUAAUUAUGAUCGUCGAUACAAGGCUCCAAGAAGGAUUGAGUAGUUGACAUUUAUGAUAAAACCAUGCGUACGUAGGUUAUCCUACAUACAAAUAAUUUUUUACAUUACGUCAGAAAAUUGAGCUUUCGUUUAUUAAAGUCGAGUGGGGUGGAACCAGCAUUUAUGGGGCUUCAUGUACCAAACAAAAACUUGGUCACUUAAUUCUCUAGGGAAGUAGGAGCUACAAUUCUGGCCAUAUAUGAUAGUCUACACUCUCAAUUAGCUGGCUAAAAAAAUCAUUAUUAAUCUCUAAUUUAAGACACGAAAGAUAGUAGAAAGAAAUUGCAAUGUAAAUUGUGUACAUACGUGCUCGUGUGCUUUAUGAAACGAUUGUACAGGCUUUUGAGAGCUUGUUAUUAAUCGCGAAUGAUACAUUUUUUAAAUUGGAAAUCUAUGUUGUGUUGUUUUUUGCCUUAAACAUGAAUAAUUUGUUGAAAGAACGUAACGAAUUGAAUUAUACCCUGUUCAUUGUUGUACCAAAGUUGGAUAGAGGAGACAAAAAUUAGUUCAAUCAUCAAUUUUUCUCAAUUUUCACAUCUGCUGUACCUUUAUGCGUACUGUGUGAAUGAUAUGGAAAAAUGAAAUAGUAUGAAAUAAGUGAAGCAAAUAGAUUUACUUACCAUAAGUCGAACGCAAAUUAUAUGUAGAUUAUUAUAAGUAGUAUGUUGAAUGAAAGAAAAAGAAGAAGAAAAAAAGGAAGAGGAAAAAGUCCUGUGUAUCUGUAAACUUGAUCCAAUUUUUUUUAUUUCAAAAUCCAUACCCACUUAUAUAACUUUAUAUAUGUAUAUGUUU